AGAUUUACAGCUUGUUCCUGCGAUCCUUCCAAACAUACUGCGGAUUGUGAAGAAGAAACUGGAAAAUGCUAUUGUCAACCCAGAUUUGAAGGGGAAAACUGUGACAAAUGCGCUAAGGGAUACUAUGAUCCUCCAGAGUGCAAACAAUGCGAAUGUGCUGUGAAUGGAACAGUUGGCGAAAUGUGUCUGCCCGAAAAUGGCCAAUGCCCAUGCAAACCCGGUUUUGGAGGAACAUUCUGUGAGACGUGUGAGCCUGGAUUUACGAAUGUAACAGCUGGAUGCAAGGAAUGCGUUUGCGACGAGACUGGCUCCGCCCACUCAAAUUGCUCUGCAACCACCGGGCAAUGCGUAUGCAAACCUUCCUUCACUGGAAAGAUGUGCGAUCAAUGCCAAGCUGGUUUCUACGGUUUCCCGAAUUGCACAUUCUGCAACUGCGACCCGCUCGGAACGGAAGGUGGUGUGUGUGAUCCACAUUCUGGACAAUGCAUGUGUAAAGAUGGUUUCUAUGAGUGCAACUGCUUGGGUGCUGGAGCAAAAGCCCUAGAGUGCGAUGCGGCUACUGGUCAAUGCCCAUGUUAUGCGAAUUUCACAGCUAGAACUUGUGACAAAUGUGCUGUAGGAUUCUACGAUUACCCUAACUGCAAGGCGUGCAGCUGCCUCAUCGAAGGAGCAAAAGGUCAGGCUUGCGAUAACAAGGGAAAUUGUUAUUGUAAAGGCAACUUUGAGGGAGAACGAUGUGAUCGUUGCAAACCAAAUUUCUACAAUUUCCCUGCUUGCGAAGAGUGCAACUGCCAUCCGGCUGGUGUUACCCUGGAUUUUGCUGGAUGUGACAAGGUCCAACCAGGAGAGUUGUGCUCUUGUCGAAAGAAUGUUGAUGGUAGGAUCUGCGACCAUUGUAAGCCAACUUUCUGGGAUCUGCAGUAUCAUAACCCCGAUGGAUGUGUCGGUGAGUUGAUUUUAUCCUGGAGGCAGCGACCAAACAAAAUUAGGUGCUCGGGUUUUCAAUGUGUUAAGAAAUUAGGGACCCUAACCAAGCAUCACCCAAGCGGCAGAAAAACAUUUUAGGA